AUAAGAUUUUGCUUUCCACAAGACUUUCUAAGCAUACUCAAUUAGCUUUCGUUUGAUGUCUGUGAGCUAAGAACAUUUGCUUGGUAACAUGAAUGCCAUGUGCAGCUGCCGCAAUGCGAUUUUUGGAGUCCUUCUGGUCUCAGCAGUGGUUCUUGGGAGCCAGGGUGACGACGCAAUGUCUUGUUACAAAAACGAGAAAAGCUUGAUGCUCUGGGACAUGGUCAAUUUUUGCAUUUCCAAGGCGAGAGAUAUUUAUUUCAACAUGUCGAAGGAGCAUAAAUCUGCCAACGCAAGGAGAGAAAGAUCCCUCCCUUACUUCGAAAAGGCAAAGCAGUUGAUCUUGGAGUUAGAGGAAAAUUAUCUUCCUGAUGAACCGGCCUUUGAGAAUUCAGAUAAACCACUGCCUCCUCCCUUAAUCUGCGACCAGAAACCUAUUGAUUGUACUGAUAUUCUCAAUGAGGGAAAUACUCAAAGUGGGGUGUAUACGAUUUGGCCAGCGGACGUAGAGAUGGAGGUAUUCUGCGAUAUGGACACUGACGGCGGAGGAUGGACAGUGAUUCAAAGGAGAGGAAAUUUCUCGCAUCAGGAGAAUUUCUUCAGAGAGUGGGACGAUUACGCAAAUGGAUUCGGAGAUAUCACUCAAGAAUUUUGGUUGGAGAUCCGUUUCGACCUGAUGGACGCACAAUGGGAUCGGCGCUUCGCUCUUUAUCAAACCUUUUGGCUGGAAGACGGAAACAGCACUUACACUUUACAUAUAGGAGGCUACAGUGGAGAUGCAGGAGACAGCAUGGCCUACCACAACGGUCAUAAGUUCUCCACCAAGGAUUCGGAAAAGCCCAAAUGCGCCAAUGAACGGAUGGCUGGGUGGUGGUACCACUAUUGUACCGAAUCCAACUUGAAUGGCCUUUACAUACCUGGAGAGGAGAACAGAGUGGGCAUUACGUGGUACAGCUGGCACCAUCAUACUUCUUUGGCAGGUUCUGAAAUCAAACUCAGAAAAAAGAACUAAUAAUAUCAUGUCUUCUCUUUUUUUUUCUUCCUGAUUUAGCUUUUAUUGGUUUCAUUUUUUUAUAAUUAAUAAUUUCUUCUCAACCAUCUGCGCCUUGUUCCCUUAGAGCCUUAUAAGGGAAAGGGUGAAGAAUAGAUAAAUGAAUAAAUGCAAAAUAAAUUAUUUAUAUUUUUGAAAC